AUGUCAACUUUGACCGUCCCUCCAUUGAUACCAACGCCUCGAGAAGAUGCUGUCAAGCUGCAUAAAGCUUUCAAAGGCAUUGGCUGUGACACGUCUAAAGUUAUCAAAAUCCUUUCUCACAGGAACUCAGAACAACGCAGCCUCAUUCAACAAGAAUAUGAAACUACUUACUCCGAACUACUUUCCAAACGGAUAUCUUCAGAGCUUCAUGGGAAUGUCAAGAAAGCACUUUUGCUUUGGCUGCAUGAUCCUGGAUCUCGGGAUGCUUAUGUAGCAAAACGAGCCUUAACUGCAAAGGUCGUUGAUAAUCAAGCCAUUACAGAGAUUAUAUGUUCUCGCACCCCAUCACAAUUGAGAAGAUUAAAAGAAGUUUAUUUGUCAACUUAUCAUUCCAAUCUUGAGGGUGACAUCGAAAGCCAAACAAGUGGUGAUCACAAAAAGUUGUUGCUUGCGUAUGUAAGUACACCGCGUUAUGAAGGGCCAGAAUUGGAUACUGUAAUAGUACAACAGGAUGCAGAACAAUUGUAUAAAUCCGGGGAGAAAAGAUUUGGAACUGAUGAGAAAAUGUUCAUAAAGAUCUUCAGUGAAAGAAGCAGCACACAUUUGGCUGCAGUUGACUCUGCUUACAAAGCUUUAUAUGAUCACUCACUCGAAAAGGCAGUAAAGAAAGAAACAUCAGGCUCAUUCAAGAAGAGCCUCUUGACCAUACUACGUUGUGCUACUGACCCUGCUAUGUACUUUGCCAAGAUUCUUCGCAAGUCAAUGAAGGGUGUGGGAACAGACGAUAGUAGACUAAUAAGGGUAAUUGUAACAAGGACUGAGAUAGACAUGUACCAUAUAAAAAUAGCAUAUUAUAAGAGAUAUGAAAAGCCAUUAACCCAUGCUGUUCGUUCAGACACAUCAGGAAAUUAUAAGGAUUUUCUUCUACAGCUUUUAGGUUCUGAUUAUUAG